UCAGCAAUUGCCACUUGAGUUUAAUAGCAGCCGCAAAAUUAUUCAUAUAGAAAAAACAAUAUGCUUGGGAAUGGGGUAGUGGGAAUUCUAGCAGAGUCUUCAAACAAGUGGGAAAGGAGGGCACCUCUAACCCCAACUAAUUGUGCUACACUUCUUCUUCAUGGUAGAAACAAAGCUGGAGUAUCUCGCAUUAUAGUUCAGCCAUCACCAAAGCGCAUAUAUCAUGAUGCACUCUACCAACAAGCUGGCUGUGAAAUAUCAGAUGACUUAUCAGAAUGUGGCCUUAUAUUGGGCAUCAAAAAACCAAAGCUGGAAAUGAUUUUGCCUGAUAGAGCUUAUGCCUUCUUCUCACAUACCCAUAAAGCUCAGCAAGAAAACAUGCUCUUGUUAGAUGAGAUCCUAGCUAAAAGGGUGUCUCUGUUUGAUUAUGAGCUUGUUGAUGGAGAGCAGAGGAAACGAUUGAUUGCUUUUGGAAAAUUUGCAGGUGAAGCUGCAAUGGUUGACUUGAUGAGUGGGUUAGGGAAAAGGUACUUAAAUCUUGGAUAUUCGACACCUUUCCUCUCGCUCGGUGCAGCUUACAUGUAUACUAGUGUGGCAGCUGCUAAGGCUGCUGUCAUUUCUGUGGGCGAAGAAAUAGCAGCAAAUGGACUGCCACCUGGAAUCUGUCCUCUUGUCUUUGUAUUUACUGGCUCUGGAAAUGCUUCUGUUGCUGCACAGGAAAUAUUUAAGCUACUUCCUCAUGCCUUCGUUGAUCCAAGCAGGUGUCCAGAACUGCUUGCUGGGAAGGAUAUGCCGGCAGCUUCAUCAGGGAGAGUCUUCCAAGUAUACGGUUGUGUUGUCACCUGUAAAGACAUGGUCGAACACAAAGAUACUACCAAAGAAUUUGAUAAGGCUGAUUAUUAUGCAAACCCGGAGCACUACAAACCUAUUUUCCAUGAGAAAAUAGCUCCUUAUGCAUCUGUGAUUAUCAAUUGCAUUUAUUGGGAGAAAAGAUUUCCCCGUUUAUUAAGCACUCGCCAACUUCGCGAUCUCGCAAGUAAAGGAUGCCCACUUACUGCAAUUACUGAUUUAACUUGUGACAUGGAAGGCUCAAUAGAGAUUCUCAACCAGACCACCACAAUCGACACACCUUUUUUCAGGUAUGAUCCCCUAAAUGAUUCAUACCAUCAUGACAUAGAGGGCAGUGGAUUGAUAUGUUCAGUUGUUGACAAUCUUCCAACAGAGUUUCCAAAAGAGGCUUGCCAACAUUUUGGAGCCUUACUAUCCCAAUUCAUUGGCACUUUGGCCUCUACAGCAGACAUUGCCAAAUUACCUGCACACCUGAGGAGAGCUUGCAUAGCACAUGAAGGAGCGCUUACUCCCUUGUUUGAAUAUAUCAAACAAAUGCGAAAUACUGACUCAGUGUAGUUUUCUGAUUCCUACUUGGACAGAGUCGCAUAUUGAUAUAAAUCCGUUAAUCAUUGUUAUGUGUCGCUUCUGUAAUAAUAAUAAUUAAUCAUGGCUUGGAACAUCUUUUGCCAUUUUUGGUA